AUGCCUUUCUCCUACUUCAAUGAUGCGUUCCAUGUCUUUGAAGAUCCGAAUGCGCUUCCUAGGCAAGUCUUAGCCCGCGACAACGGCUAUGACGAUGGCGCUGUCGAGGGCGGCUGGGACUUCGGCGGCGACAACCAGGCCCCGGUCGACGACGGCAUCGACUGGGACGAGGAGUUGGCUAUCAACAACAACUCGGCUCAGGACAACUCGGUUCAGGCCAGCCCAGUUCAGGACAACAACUCGGUUCGAAACCACUCGGUUCAACACCACUCGACUACCGUCCCCUGUACUUGCGGCAACCACCACCAUACCGGCGACCAUUCUGAUGUCGACACCGCGGUUAUUGUCAGCAACAUCAACCCCGUCCCUGCCUCCAAGCCUGGCUUCGGCAACCCGCACGACGACAACCCGGUCACCAUUAACCGGAUUCCUCGCUCGCAGCUCCAUCCAGCCAUAGGCACCUCGGCCACUGGCAGCUAUAUUCACGCCAGCGCGAUCUUGGGCGACGGAUUCACAGACUACUCGCCUACUGGCAACUCAGUUGGAGGCAAUCCGGUUGUGGGAGCCGGCAGUAAUGCCAUUGGUAGCUCGGUUGUGUCUAGUCCGUCCUUCGUUGGUAAUCCUGUUUCCCAGGUCAUUGACAACAUCUUUGUCAACAACUCUGUUAACGCCAACUUGGCUACAGCCAACAACCAGCUCCAGUCCGCGGGCAAUCCUGUCCUAGGCUCUUCCAUCACGGGCCCGGGCAGCAACCAAGCCGCAGCUCUCACUGACCAACAGUUAUAUUUGCUUCAGGUGAUUGAGGCUUAUAAGCAGCAGCAGCUUCAUGGAAUUCCUGGUGCCGCUCAGGGUUUGGCUCAUGCUGAGGCUAAGCUUGGGGCUCUGAAUGCCGCUCAGGCUAGGGCUGAGGCUCUUACUGCCAUUAAGGCUAAGCUUCGGGCUUCUUAUGCCGCUCAGGCUAGGGCCGAGGCUCUUACUGCCAUUAAGGCUAAGCUUCAGGCUUCUUAUGCCGCUCAGAGUGCUCCAGCCCAGGCUAUUCUUGCUGCCGCUCAGAGUGCUCAAGCCCAGGCUCUUCGUACUGCCACUCAGAGUGCUCAAGCCCAGGCUCUUCGUGCUGCCGUUAAGAGUGCUCAAGCCCAGGCUCACGUUGCCCGUCAAGUUGCUGCCGGCCAGGUUCAUGUUCAUGUUCCUUCCGCUGUCACCGCGUCGACCUCCUCCAGUGUCGCGUCCACAUCUUCGGCGCGUCACCGCGUCAACCAGCAGCCCAUGAACAACAACGUUGUCACAGGCAACGUCGUCACCGGCACCAACCAAGCUGUCACCGUGUCAGCAACCCCCGCUCCGGCUCCGGCUAGGGUCCUCCCGCUCCUCCCCGCCUGCCUCCUUCAUGAGCGCUUCGAUUUUAUGAAGCUCCCUUACGAGAUUCAACUCAUGAUCUUCGGCUACGUCUGGGACAGCCCCCGACCCCCUUCCGCCCCCGCCAACGCCCGCACCUAUCAACAGCAGCUCGAGUUCUACUCCUCUCCGCGCCACCUGCGCCGCCAGCUCCAGGACUUAUUCAAGCUCGGCUCCAUCAGCCAGCACUUCCGCAAAGUCGCCUACAGGGAGUACUUCCGCGUCACGCAGCUGUACCUGCGUUACGAGACGCACUGGCGCUGGUAUCGGGGCCAGCCCUUUGGCAGCGCGGAGCUGAACACGACCAUGACCUCGCUCUGGGACGUAGCCGAGGCCGACUCCGACGGAUCAGGUUCGUUUUCUCCCCUGUCACCCCUUCGGGCCGUGCUAGAGCAGCACCUCGUGCACGUCGCGUGGCACGUCGGUCCCGUCUUCCAGCCGGCGCUGAACACCAAGAUGAAGAAGUGUUUGGAGUGGCUACAGACGCGAUGCAGAAACAUCAAGACCAUCGAGAUCAUCGUCGGGUUCCGCACCGCGCACGUCCGCCCCGGCCAGGUCCGCGAUCUGAUCGCUCGGAAGAACAAGUUCGCUGGUCGCGGAAUGGACAUUGAGCGGUUCAAGGGCUUUCGCCAUCUGCACAGGUACAGUGUCAACCGCGUUGUGGACGAGCUGAAGCGCAAGAUGAAGACGGGCGGAUGUCUGGAGAAGGUGGUGUUUACGUACGAGCCGUUUGUCAACGAGAGUCUUGACUCUCGGGAGCGCGGCACUAUUGAUUUGCAGCGGCUGCUGGAGCGUUCCGAGUGGUGGAUUGAGUGGAAGGAGGAGGUGAGAAGGAAGCUUGGAGAGGCUGAGCCUGUCAAGAUCAAGAAACAGAUCGAAGACAGCAUUCGCCCGUACAAGUUCCAGCAGCAUCUUGGCCACCUCAACCCCAAGUGGCAUAAGUCUUCCGAGAUCUAG